AUGAAGCUGUUGUCAAUUGGCGUCGUCCUAGUGAGCUUGCUGGCCUCAGCAGCCUCGAGCUCCAAGGUCCCGUCGAAUGCGAAAGUCGUCCUCCCCGCCUCCUUCGAGCCUCCCAAGGCUUUCAAGAACCAGAACCUCGUCCAUAUCAUCUCCCUAGAGAAGAACUACGUCAAAGAGAACAUUAAUGUCUUGAUUGAGAAUGUCUCGCCCGGUCUGAUCGACGAAUACUUCCUACCCUUCACGGCAGACCAGUUUGCUCGAGUGGGCGGAAUUGAGGUCAAUGAUAGGAAAGACCCCAACGCCGGCCCCUUCGAGGUGCGACCUGUCGAAUAUGAUAACGCAAGCGAUACCCAGUACUACCGGAUUCGAUUCCCCAAGGCGCUCAAGUCUGGAACCCACCAAACGAUUGGCAUCUCCUUCUACUACCUGAAAGCCUAUUCCCCCCUCCCUGCCGCGAUCAAGCAGGACGAGAAGCAAUACCUGACGUACGACUUCUCUGCCUUUUGUCAGUCCGCCUACACGACUGUGAAACAAAAGACGGAGGUCAAGUUCCCCUCGACCGAUAUCCCCGACUACACAACGAUCGGCGAGGGUCCCCAGAACCAAGGCUCUAAGCUGGUAUAUGGCCCGUACGGCGAACAGGCUGCCUUCGCCAAGGCUCCCGCCCGCGUCCGAUUCGAGUUCACCAAACCCGUCAUACACGUUGCCAAGCUCGAGCGAGACGUCGAGGUCAGCCACUGGGGCGGCAAUGUUGCCUUCGAGGAGCGAUACGAUUUGUACCACCGUGGCGCCAACUUGUCUAGUCAGUUUAGCCGUGUCAAGUGGCAGAAGUCGCAAUACCACAGUCCCGCCACCCAUGCCCUUAAGGAGCUCAAGUUCCCCCUCAAGAUUGGCAGCAUCGACCCCUACUAUACCGAUGUUAUUGGCAACGUAUCUACGUCGAGGUUCCGAAGCAACAAGCGGGAGGCGCUCCUUGAGGCCAAACCUCGUUACCCCAUCUUUGGCGGUUGGAAGUACCCCUUCACCAUUGGCUGGAACACUGACGCCAGCAGCUCCCUGAGGAAGACCAAGUCUGGAGAGUUCGUCCUUAACAUUCCCUUCCUCGAGGGUCCUAAGCAGCCGGAAGGUGUCGAGUACGGCGAGGUUCGCCUCCAGGUUCUCCUUCCCGAGGGUGCUCAGAACGUUAAGUACUACACCAACAUCCCUCAGGCCGCCGUCACCGAGGCCUCGAUUGGUAUUAGGAAGACCUACCUGGAUACCGUCGGCCGCACCGCUGUCGUCAUCAGUGCCAAGAACAUUGUCGAUGAGUUCCGUAACCGAGAAGUCAUUAUCUCCUACGAACUACCCCUAUCUGCCAUUCUACGGAAGCCUUUCGUGGUCUUCGUCUCCAUGCUUGGCGUUUUCGUUGCCGGCUGGAUCAUUGGUGGCUUGGACUUUGGUAUCUCGAGGGGCGCGAAGAAAUAA